AUGGCGGCCGCAGCACAGUCCCUGACCGAGCGGACAAGGGCUAUAUUUGGCGACGAUUUUGGCGCACCGACUGACGCCCAUUCUGUCCCCAUCACCACCUCAUACAAACGAAAAGUCGAAUAUGAAAGUGUCCGCGAGCUGCCCAAGGCCCUUGCCGAGGCGCAGGCCAAAGCCGCAACCUCCCGAGGACCCAAAAGACCUAAAGUACAGUCUGGAGGAAACCAGAUGGCAUUGGUAAAGAGCGAGGGGAAAGCCGACUCACAGUCACCAUCGGCGCAAGCCAACGGGCAGGGCACAGGAAAUAGUCUUAUCCGAAGACCCAACAUGCAGCAACCUCGACCAGAGUGGCACGCGCCCUGGAAGCUGAUGAGGGUCAUCUCAGGGCAUCUAGGCUGGGUGCGAGCUUUGGCGGUCGAGCCCGGCAAUCAGUGGUUUGCGUCGGGUGCUGGCGACAGGACGAUCAAGAUCUGGGACCUGGCAUCAGGACAACUUCGGCUCACGCUGACGGGACAUAUUUCUACUGUUCGCGGGCUGGCGGUGUCGCCUCGUCAUCCAUACCUAUUCUCUUGCGGAGAAGACAAGAUGGUCAAAUGCUGGGACCUGGAAACGAACAAAGUGAUUCGCCACUAUCACGGGCAUUUAUCGGGCGUCUACACACUCUCCCUACAUCCGACGCUUGACGUGCUUGUCACAGGUGGUCGAGACGGCGUAGCUCGCGUCUGGGACAUGCGGACUCGAUCCAACAUCCACGUCCUCAGCGGCCACAAGGGCACCGUCACCGAUGUCAAGUGUCAAGAAGCCGAUCCGCAAGUCAUCUCCUCCAGUCUCGACAGUACCGUGCGGCUGUGGGACCUUGCAGCUGGCAAGACGAUGGGGGUGCUGACCCACCACAAGAAGGGUGUCAGAGCCCUCGCUAUCCACCCGAAAGAAUUCACCUUCGCGUCCGCCUCCGCAGGCUCCAUCAAGCAGUGGAAAUGCCCCGAGGGAGCGUUCAUGCAAAACUUUGAUGGCCAUAACGCCAUCAUCAACACUCUCGCCGUAAACGAGGACAAUGUUCUCUUCAGUGGCGGUGACAAUGGCAGUGUUUCCUUUUGGGAUUGGAAGACAGGUCACAGAUUUCAGUCAACGGAGUCGCUGGCACAGCCUGGCUCGCUUGACGCUGAGGCCGGAAUUAUGAGCAGCACCUUCGACCAAACCGGACUGCGGCUGAUCAUGGGCGAGGCAGACAAGACCAUAAAGAUCUGGAGGCCAGACCCCGAUGCGACACCCGAGUCACAUCCGUUGGAUUGGAGGCCCACGAUGGGGAGAGUCAAGUACUAG